AUGUCUUUUGCCGAUAGUUUCUGGACACAGGAUUAUCAUCUGGGAUUUAAGAUCUUAUUUGACCAACUUCAUGAAGGAGUGAAUGAAAAUGAUGAUUUUAUUCAGUUGUUUACCAAGCGAAUGGAGCUGGAAAUAAUAUAUGGAACACAAUUGGAAUCCAUAGAAAAGAGCCUGAAAUCUAGUAGUAAGAGGCAAAAUAACGACGAUUAUGUAUCAUCAAUUAAGAAUGCUUAUCAGAAAAUCAAUGAAAAUUUCAAUAAGCAGGCAGGAUAUCAUUUGCAAAUUGGAUCCAAUAUACAAUUAUUAGUGCUUGAUCCAUUUUCCAAGUGGUGCAAGGAACAUAAGCAAAGGGUUGAAUAUUCGGAAUCGGUGCUUUUUGACAAGUAUAAGGCGUUUAAGAAUUCGAAAACCAAUUUGGAGAAAUUGCAAAAGAGAUAUUUCAAUAGGUGCAGAAUGCUCGAGGAGUUCAAAUCCCAUUACACCGAAGACGAGAUUAAUGAGGAAUUGAAGGACCUUGAAUUCGCCGAUAACAUUGAAACAAAGGAAGAAGAGGGCGAGGCUGAUGGAACAGUCUAUGAUUUAGGUGGUACUAAAUACGAUAACAAGUCUGUGAAGGCGCUCCUUACCACCAUCCUCAAGAACAUAGAAUUGACGUCGCAUAAAGUUCCAAUAUUGGGAACUUACAAUAAUGUAUCGUCCGGAAGUGCUAUAACACAGUGGUUAUUAGAUAACAUGGAAGAAUUGAAUAGAAAUAUUGCAAAAGCUGAAAUAUUUGGUCAAGAUUUGGUCAAUAAUGGCUUUAUAAGACUUAUUGGAUCUAUGAGCGGUGGGAAGAAUUUUAUUAAUUCGUCCCAAUUUUUCUACCAGUGGAAACCAAUUGUGUUUGAAAUUACUAAAAUCUCAGAAUUAGAGAGUGUUAUAUCGGAGGCCGACAGUGCUUUGAGUAGAACUUCUUCCACUGCUGCUAAAGGCUCUCAAUUUGCAGAUUACUUUGAAGAUAUGAAGCAAGCCAUGGGUGUUACUAGCAUUGAUUAUAAGGAUAAGUCACAAUUGUCUAAAUUGGUUGUAGAUGUGAACGCCCUUGAUGAGCAAUAUUAUAAAAGCACUGUUAACUUAGAUAAGAUUAGAUGUGAAUUAGAAGAAAUAAUCAUGGAUCAUUUGACCUUCAUGCAAAAAUGUGAGCUUGAUAGAUUGAAAGCUAUCAAAAAAGUUACCUUCGAUUUCAUUGCCAGUUUUGCCAAUAAAGUUAACACUAUGAAACAAAUAUGUGAUGAGUUAUUGGUUUUAGAAGAAACUAUUCAUCCAAUGAGUGAUUUGAAAUUCUUAAUUGAGAACUACGCUACUGGUAAGUUUAAACCACAGGUUGUAUUAUACGAUAAUUAUUAUAACUCAAACAUCAAGCAAACUUUUGGUGUGGAUUUGACUGUUAAAUCAAGGUUGGAUCGUAAAGUGGUUCCCUUAAUAAUUCAGUGCAUAUUAUCCCAUUUGGAUAAGGUUUAUCCUGAUUUAGUUAAUGAUCAAGAAAGAAUAAAUUUAUGGACAAUGCCAAUUCAUUUGACUCAAGUUCAUCAAUUGAGAUUUCAACUUAAUGAUACCAAUGAUGCAUCUAAAAUUAAUGAAAUAUUGUCUGGUACACAUCCAAUGAUUAUAACGAAUGUUUUAAAGUUGUAUUUUAUGGAAUUGCCUGAUUCUGUAAUUCCCCAUGACUACUAUGAUUUGAUUAAGUCCUUAUACCAGAAUUACCCUGUUAAUAGUGAUGAUUCUACCGUUAAUGAAUCUAGAAUUAAUGGUUUACAAAAUCUUUUGGUUGAUUUGCCUAAAUGUAGCUUGGCUACUUUGGAUGCAAUUUUGACUCAUUUGAGUAGAUUGAUUAACAUCAUCGGAUCCAAAAACGAAGAAUUAUCAAAAAGUCUUCAGUUAAAAUUAUCAAAAGAAUUUGCAAACUUGAUAUUAAGACCAAAAUUAGACUUGUUAAGUUUCGAUGGUUCUAACAACUCAUCAAGUUACAUCAAUGAUAAACAUCAAUAUACCUUCAUUAAUGAUCUUUUCGAAUACAAGGAUACCAUUUUUAAAGAAUUAAGAAGAAGGAAUUCUUCAAGAUCAAAUAACCCAACCAGAGAAAGUUCUACCAAGACAACAAGAAGUGUGCUGUCAGCACAAGAUAACAGGAAAAGUAGGUUAGAAUCAAAAUUGCAGAAAGCUGUUCAUAAUUCUAAGAAAAAUACUGCGAAUGAAUCAAAUUCAAAUUUUUCCAUAUCUAAAGACGCUGAUAGCGGUCCAAAGUCCAACAAAUCUGAUAAUAUUGGCCCUUCAGUGUACAGCAGCGAGAGACCUGAUCCUCCUUCAACGCCACCCCCAUCAACACCAAAAAAGUCCGCGCCUACGUCCCUUAGGCGCUCAACUUCACCUAAUAAAAAGAAACUAAAUACAUACUUGAAAGAUUCAAACGGUAAUAAUAGCUCGUCUAACUCUCAGAGAAUUAUUGUCUCAUCGAAACCUAGCAAGAAGGAUAUUGUGAUUAAUAAAGAUUCUAAUAGCUCGUCCAAUGAAUCCCCUAGUGGCUCGUGCUCUGAUUUGACUCAACCAAGAUUUGUACAAGGAUUAGAAAGAAAGACUUCGGUAAAAGAUAUGGCGUCGAAAUUUGACUCGCCAACUCCACCCCCAGAGCUUCCUGCUAAAGACAAUGAUAAAAGGAAAAAACAAGGCAAAAGCGAGAAGGACGAUAGGGAUAACAAUGAUGAAGGAGUUAUAAUUGUCGACUGA